AUGUUGUGGGAGGGCUUCCCUCGAGCGGCGGCCCUCUCACUCUCCUUUUCUCAAGAGUUGCAGAGUGCUACGUCUGGAAUCGGAUGCGCCAUACAGACAACACCAUCGCCGACAGCCAGCACAUACGACUAUGUCUACGACAAGGACAGCGACCAAUACGUCCUGGAUCGGUCCCGAGAAGGCGCCGUCUUGAAACUGCACUGGGUUGUGCUCGCAAACCUGGUGCUGCUCCUCAUCUUCUGCUUCAUCACAAUCCUCACAUCUGGGCUCGUCUUCGGCCACAACGUCGCCUCCAACGACUGCCUCGGCCAGAGCUGGGUCAUGUUCUCGUCGAUUAUGGGCUUCCUGUACAUUGCACUCCACCUGCAAGCCGCGCGUAAGGGUGAGCUGGUCGGCCACGUCUCUCAUCCCGCCUUUCAGCAACCGCUUCACUCCUCCACCAUUGUCGUCGCGCGUAUCGAUGUCGUCGCCUGGGCCAUAUCCCUCAUCAUCGUCUCGGUGUCCGUCUCAAAGGAAUCAACGCCCAUAUCCUGCGUGAACCUAGUUGCGUGUGCCACUGUGACACCCUCAUUGAUAUUCCUCAUUUGCGUCGCAGAAAAAGCUUCACGACCCUUCGAGCUCCCCUACAUCACCGCCCGCUACUCUCGGCCCCCAAGCGUCGUCACCUGCCGCGUAUCUGCCCUCAUGGCCGAGAUGAUGCCCGAGGUCACCUCCGAAGACAGCAUCUCACGCCGCGGCUCCGCCCACUCGAUGCGCCGCAGCCGGCCAAACUCGCACACCCAGCACGCGGCAGCCAUCGCCGCGGCUAACACGACCACCGCCGGCGCGCCAGCAGGCCAUCUGGGUGGGCCCAGAGCUCCGCCUACAAAUCUGAAAGAGGCGCGGUCGUGGUCAUUUACGCGCUAUGACGACAAGACCAAGAGGCAGCUUGCCGACUCGGUGAGCGAGGCGUCGCAGGUGUCCGAGUCAAGGUCCCGCAUCUGUGGGCCCAGACCGCUGGCUACAAGCGAUAUUGCUGUCAAGACGGGCGUGCUGCCGUCACCCAUAUGCACAGAGCCCAGGGAGGCACAACAGCAACAAGCGGCCCUAGCGUUGCCGCCGCCGCCGCCGCCGCAGCAGCAGCAACAGCAGCAAACGGAUCCGGAGAAGGCAGGUUCGGAUAGCGGCGGCUGGAAGAAUGACUGGUGGGCCCUGCGGACGGUAGCCGGGUGGGUCAGCCCUGCGGGGAGCACAACCCCCGUGUCGACGCCCGGGUUGGGCCCGGGCCCCGGCUCCUCAGCGGGCAGAGCACGGGCGGCGCGGUUGUCGACGGUGGCGGAGGACUGGGUGCCCGCGGGUGGUAUAACGGGUAGUGUCUACCACCAAGACCCUGCUCCGCCAAGACGCCCUCCCCUGCUGAGGGGCACACGGGACCAGGGGUUCGCCGACGUGCACGCCGUCGACCGGGAGGCCAUCCCGACGCCGCCGCCGGCUGCUGCCGACAGGCCAACGCGUGCCCCGACGGCUGCGAGGGUCAGGCUCAUCCGUGCGCAGGAGGCGCUCAAGUCGCAGGCGAGGGCAAAGAAUGGGACGGUGGUGUUGACGCGGCCGCAGCACCUCACUGGCGAUCGCAGGGUGGCCGAGGACCGCUUGGCACCGGCGAGGCCGCCGCUACAGACUCACUUGAGCAUACCAGGGUCGUUUGUGGACGAGUAA